AUGGUACUCACUACUGGUCUCAAGGGCGCUCAUGUGCUCAUCACGGGAGGCACGCGGGGUAUGGGAGAGGCCAUGGUGCACCAAUUCCUUCAGGAGGAAGCCAAUGUCUCAUACUGCGCCCGAACUGUCACAAAUACGGAGUUUGACGAGUUCCAUGCGACGCUUCCCGAGAGCAAUACCGCUCGCGCCGUUGGCACCGCAUUCGAUGUAGCUAGCAAAGACGCUCUUGUGCAGUGGGUUGAGAGCUCCGCUGAACGACUUGGACGGAUCGACGUGAUCAUUGCCAAUGCUUCACCAAUGCAUAUGGAGGGUGAGACAGAGCACUGGGAGAGUAGUUUUGCCAUCGAUGUAAUGGGCUUCGUCGAGCUCGUCAAGGCCGCCACUCCUCACUUGGAAAAGUCCUCGCAGGCAUCCAUCAUCGUGCAGAGCUCUUUCAUGGGCCGUGAGUUUUACCGGUCCCCACCUGCAGCUUACGGACCCUGCAAGGCUGCGCAACUCCAACAUGUACAGGAGUUGUCUCAUUUCUUGGGACCAAAGGGCAUCCGGGUUAACGCUAUCUCACCGGGACCAAUCUUGUGUAAGGGAGGCCCCUGGGAGCUCUAUUCUAAGAUCAACCCCGAAUGGGUGGAGGAACAGCGACUUAAAAUUCCUCUGAAGCGGUUGGGAGGUCCGACUGAAGUGGCUAAUGCAGCGGUGUUCUUGGCGAGUCCUCUGGCCAGCUUCGUUUCUGGCACCAAUAUGCUGGUCGACGGGGGAAUUCAUGUGGGAACUCAGUUUUAG